CGGACGGGGUGUUUGGGGAGGGCGGGAUGCCGGGGGAGAUGCCGGGGUUGGGAGAGGGGGAGUGGGUGCAGGAGGAGGAAGCGGAUGAACAUGAGGAGGAGGAGGAGGACCGAGUAGAGGAAGAAGAGGGUGAAGAGGACGAGGACGAGGACGAGGACGAGGAUGAGGACAUUGAGCCCAUGCCCGUUCGUGUCAUCCGGAACCUACUAGGAAGGCUUUGGGGUGGCGGGUCCGCUCAGCAAGACGAGGAAAGUUCGUCGGAGGAAGAGGAUGCAGUUGCUCAACGGCCGAUAGACAAUGCAGGGGUGGACUGAGAAUAUCAAUGUACAUCGGUCGUGCGUAGAAGUGUGAACUGCAUGUCUGCAUGCACGCCCACCAAAGAUAGUGGUACAAUAUACUCAUCAUGCUGCCCUCA